AUGGGCCGAAGUCGCAAGCAACAGCUCAUAGAUUACAAGUAUUCAAUUAACAAUAAAUCCAUAAAGAGUGUAUCAUCAGUUAGAGAUCUUGGUAUCAGGCUGGACUCAAAAUUAACGUUCAAUGAGCAUAUAGAUGGUAUUGUUGACAAAGCCUACAAGCAAAUUGGAUUCAUAAAGCGCGUCUGCAACGAUUUUAGAAGUACUACGAGUAAUUGCAUUAAAGCUCUAUACUUUGCAUACGCGCCCUGGGAUACUUUUAUUUUGAUACUCGAGUCUCUUAACUCUCCGAUGACCGUAGCCGACGAAAAUGUAACCACCGAUGCAUUGAGGAAGCAGAUCCGCCAGGUGUACAAACUCGCACGCCGUGGAAGCAUGAAGUGUGAACCACUCCAGUCACCCAGUAUAGCCUCUGAACUAGAGAUCUGCACCCCAAAGGUCGAACUUCUGGAAUCCCAGCUGCAGGCGGGUAAAGUAGAUGAUCGCAAUUUGACUCUUAAACUGUCUCGUCGUGCAAAUUAUUUGAUGGAUAGGCUGGCUCGUAUCUCUGAAAGUAGUUCGCAUUUGUCAGAUCUUCGUAGUCGUUUGAUUCGCAUUUUGAGUGUCAUAGACGGUGAAGAUAGCGACACGGAUAGUGAAUACAAGGAAACCCAGGCACAGCCGUUUAACCAGAAAGUGGAAAGUAACGUGAUCUAUGUGAAAGAUAAACCCUUGAACCUAAAUACAUUUAACUUAAAAUUUGACGGAACCACGUGUGUUCGUGUAUUUAUUGAACGUCUUGAGGAACUUAAAGAGGCUCGCAACAUUACUGAAGCUCGCAUACUUUCAGCUUUUUCUGAUCUUUUAGAAAACUCUGCUUUAUGUUGGUUUAGAAACACAGGGGAUAGUAAACCUAUUAAGCAAAGGUACUAUCCAUUAUCACCUGUUAAGCAACAAGCACUUGAAAAAGAAUUGGAUAGAAUGCUUAGUUUGGGAGUUGUGUCACCUUCACAGUCAGCUUGGAACUCACCUGUAGUAGUGGUUCAGAAGCCAAAUGGGGACCUAAGACUUUGUCUAGAUUGUAGAAAACUAAAUGCAGUUUCCAAACCCGAUGCGUAUCCUCUCCCGUAUAUAAGCAGCAUAUUGGAUCAGCUCCGCGACGCGAAAUACCUAACGUCAAUAGAUCUUUCCGCUGCGUAUUGGCAAAUACCCUAUGAUAGCGAGCAAUCAGCUGAUAAGACCGCGUUCACAGUAGAUUUAAGUAAGCUUGAGAACAAAGAAAGUUUAACUUAA